AUUUGAUCUGAAUUAAAUGGCUCACAGUCGCUAAAAUACUUUUUUUUUUAUGUUGCAGUAGAAGAGGUAGACCCUAUGGAACCUGAAGUGGAAGAGCCAGGAGUUUUUGUUGAGGAGAUGAAUCUCGCACCUGAAGCUCGUUUCUAUACUUGUCCUACUGGAUGGAACAGAUACAAGAAUGGCUGCUACCAGUUUGUGUCUUCCACCAGAACCUGGACCAGUGCUGCGUCCUACUGCAACAGUUUCGGAGCCUCUUUACCUUCUGUCCACGAUCUGUUUGAGUACAGUUUCCUGCAGGAUUUGACAUUGAAAGCAGGACAGUCCACCUGCUGGAUUGGAGGUUUCUACUUCCAGGGCUGGAGAUGGUUGGAUCAGAGCACCUACAGCUACCAGAACUGGAACUCACAGCUGAGCGUUACCUCUUAUCCAUGCGUCUACCUGAACGGCAGAGCCGGCUGGUCCAACAGCAACUGUGCCAGCGCUAGACCUUUCAUCUGCAUUAAGAGAAGUGAUAUCUAUUUGCUCUUUCUAUUGUCAUGA